AUGAAAUUACAAUUCUUAUCCACUCUUCUACCACAACAGGAAGGUUCAAAUAAGAUCUGUUCCUUGGCCUGUACACCAAAUGGCGUCAAACUGGCAGUUGUCGGACGGGAUCGCAUCAUCACACUGAUUGAUGAAAAGGGCGACGUUAAGGAUCGUUUCAACUCAAAACCAUUGGACAAUAAGUACGGUAAACGAUCCUACAUCAUUAAAUGUAUAUGUUUCUCACCGGAUUCAUCAAAACUCGCACUAGGACAAUCCGAUAACGUGGUAUAUGUGUAUAAAACAGGAGAAACAUGGCGACUGCACCACCCCACCACCACCACCAUCAUCACCACAGCAGCAACAGUUGUCUUCACCAUGAACGAGAAGAAAGUGAUAGUGAAUAAACUACCGCAAACAGCCGCCGUUAACAUCGUUCAAUGGCCGUUUGAUGACAAAUUAUUGAUCGGACUUGCCGACGGGAAAUUACGUGUUGGAAUUUUAAGCAGUAAUAAAUGUACAUCCUUGUAUAAAACGGAUGAAUCGGUGGUCAGCAUAUGUGUAAACCCACGAAAGACAGCGUUUGUCUCUGGACAUCAAGAUGGAUCCAUAAUUCACUUUACGUUCAGUAGUAAAAAUCAAGUGAAAAUAUGUGCUGUACCUGGUGCCCCAUUCUGUUUGGCAUACACAGCUCAUGGGAUUCUGGCUGUGAGUGACCGAAGAGUAUUUUCAUACACAGAAAAUGGCAUAGUUCAACAACAAUUUGACUUCUCGUCUCAAACAGAAAAAGAGUUCUCUGCUAUCACCACUGAUUCAACUGGAAAUAAUGUUGUUCUUGGCAGUUUUGACAGGCUACGGCUUUUCUCGUGGUCAUUUCGUCGUGGUGCUUGGGAAGAAGGGAACAAUCUCGAUAUUCACAAUCUAUAUGUGUGUAGUGCUCUUGCGUGGAAAGCUGACGGUUCUACAGUAUACUGUGGAACUCUCUGUGGCGGAGUAAUCUCUGUUGACUGUUGUCUGAGAAGAGGAAUACUAAAAAGUCGUUUCGAGACCACCUAUGUCGCCCCAUCACAUGUUAUCGUUCGUGACGUCAUAUCAAAUACAAAAACUAAUAUGAUAUCGCAAAAAGGAUAUGCUAUUGACAACUUAAAGGUGAUGGGAAAAGACCGGUAUAUCGUAGCUUAUACAGCGUCGUCUUUGAUCGUAGCUGAUAUUGAAUCAGGUCUUUCAUCGGAAAUCGAAUGGCAAUCGGGUGGAAAUGAAAAGUUUUAUUUCGAUUUCGAACAUGUUUGUAUAAUUGUGAAUGCUGGCGAAAUAACAGUAGUGGAAUAUGGUCUCGAUGGACCGUUAGGCUGGGUGAGAACAGAACUUACCAGUCCUCAUUUAAUAAGUGUAAGCAUUGCAAAAAGUCCAACAGGAUCGCAACCGUUGAAGAAGAUCGCUUAUCUUACCGAUCCGACAUCUGUUGCGAUCAAAAAUCUUCUAAACGAUGAAACGGAAGCGGUUGUCAAUCAUACGACUGUCAUUGAUUGGUUAGAACUCAGUGAAAGCGCCACAAAGCUUUUAUUUCGCGACAAACGAUCGAGAUUAACACUUCUGGAUGGGACCCGCCAAACAACAUUGCUCAACUUCUGCACGUAUGUCCAGUGGGUGCCCGGAAGCGAUGUGGUCGUCGCGCAAUCGGGGAACACCCUACAUGUGUGGUAUAAUCCAUCAAUACCAGAUCAAGUAACUACGGUUGCUAUUAAAGGUGAGGUGGAAGCUGUUCUACGAGAUGCAGAAAGGGCGGAAGUUAUCGUGCAAGAAGCUAAUGCAAAAGUUGCGUAUGAACUGGAUAAUGUCCAAAUUGACUUUGGAUCAGCAAUCGAAGCAGGUGAUCUGGCAAAAGCAGCGGCAUUUCUGGAUCAUUAUAGAGUUGCUGAUGACUCUUACACAAUGUGGAAUAAAGUCGCACAACUAGCUCUGGAUCAAUGCAACUUCUUCAUAGCUCAACGAUGUUUUGCUGCACUCGGUGACUUCGCACGAGCUCGAGCAGUUUUUAAAAUAAUGGAACUCGCAGAAAUUGCCGCCAAAGAGUUAGGAGGCGAUGGUACACAAUUUUAUAAAGUACGAGCAAGUGUAGCACAGCUAAGGCGAAAGUUCAAGGAAGCGGAAAAGAUCUAUUUGGAGCAUAAUGCUGUUGAAGAAGCAAUUGAGAUGUAUCAGUCCUUACAUAUGUGGAACGAAGCUCUCGAACUAGCUAAAGCGACGAAUUAUGUUGGAUACGAGCAACUGAAAGCCAACUAUUAUCGAGCACUUUUUGACACAGGACAAGAUGCAAAAGCAGCAGAACUUAAAAUCGCAGAUGGUGAUAUUUCUGGGGCUGUACAACUGUACAUGAAAGCAAAACAACCAGUUCAAGCCUUAUCAACUGCCCUUACGGAUUCAACAUUGGCUAAUGAUCAUCAAUUGAUGUCCUCAAUUGCCUCACAACUUAUGCAAUCACAAAUAUACGAUAAGGCCGGAGAACUCUACGAACACAUGAAGGAUUUCGAGAAAGCACUAGAGUGCUAUGUGAACGGGAAAGCUUUCAACAAAGCUAUCCAACUGGCAAGAUUUUCUGCUCCUGAACAAGUUGUAAAACUGGAAGAAGAUUGGGGCGAUAACCUUGUUUCCGAAGGACAACAUGAUGCUUCUAUCAAUCAUUUCUUAGAAGCUAACAGUCUUGCGAAAGCAGCAGAAGCGGCCAUACAAGCGAAGGAAUGGAGUAAAGCCGUGCAAAUUGUGGAUGUGAUCCAGGAUUCACAACUUGCCAGCGAUUUCUAUGGACGUAUUGCUGCACAUUACGCUACAACUGAUGAGCUUGAUAGAGCCGAACGUUUGUAUCUGGAAGCAAAUCUCCAGAAAGAAGCCAUUUCAAUGUAUAUCAGAAAUAAUCGUUGGGCUGAUGCGUAUCGUUUAUCCGAAGAAUUCCUUGGCAAAGAGGAAACCUUCGCCCUCUAUGAAGCAAAAGCAGAGGAACUCGAACAGCAAGGCCGAUACGCUGAUGCAGAACAAUUGUAUGUUUCUAUUGGAAUGUCGAAUCGAGCUGUUCUCAUGUACAGAAAUGCGGAACGUAAUGAUGAUGUUAUUCGCCUUGUUGAAAAAUAUCACGGGGAACAUCUACAGGAUACUCAUAAACGACUCGGAAUGGAACAUGAGGAACGAGGAGAUUUGCGUUUGGCUGAGGAAGAAUAUCUAAAAGCUGGAGAUGUUAAAGCAGCGAUCAAUAUGUACCGAGAAAAAGAGAUGUGGACGGAUGCGUAUCGAUUAGCAAGAAGCGAAGGUGGUGAACAGGAACAGAAGCAGGUGGCGUUACUAUGGGCAAAAAGUCUUGGUGGCGAGGCUGGUGUGAAGUUACUAAACAAGUAUGGAAUGCUAAAUGAGGCUAUUGACCAUUUCAGUGAAAUUGGAACCUUCGACUUUGCGUUUGAACUUGCUCGACUCGGGGCGAAAGAGAGGUUACCUGGAGUUCAUAUGCGUAUGGCAGUACAAAUGGAAGAGGAAGGACGUCUUGAUCAAGCUGCUCAUCAUUUUAUAGAAGCCGGAAAACCAUCCGAAGCCGUCGCCAUGUACGUUCAUGAAGGAGAUUGGUCAAACGCUGAACAAGUGGCAAAGGAACAUUGUCCAGAAUCUCUUCCGGAUAUUUACAUAGCGGAAGCUCGGAAAGCAUUAGAAGAAGAGAACAAUGCUCGAGCAGAAAGUUGUCUAUUGAGAGCUAAUCGACCUGAUAUUAUCCUUAAGUUCUACCAAGAAAAUGGAAUGUGGCCGGAUGCAUUACGUAUUGCUAAGGAGUAUUUACCACACCAAUUGCUACAACUUCAGGAAGAAUUCGAGCAAGUGGAAUUGUUAGGAGGUGGUCGUGGUGUGAACUCACUUUUUGCUCAAGCACGUGCUUUUGAAGAACAACGAGAAUGGGCAAAAGCAGUUCAAACUUACUUAAAAGUAAAUCAAUCAACCACGGAUGAUGAAACAUUGAUCGAUAAUGCCCUUAUGAAAAGUGCUGAUCUUGCGUUACGAUUCCUAGCAUCUUCGGAUGAAGAGAUGGUGAUGAAGGUGGUGGAUGCUCUAGAGAUGAACAAAUCCUAUGAAAAAAUGGCUGAAUUACUGUUAGCAAUCGGACAAAAUCGUCAAGCUGUAGUGUCACUUGUUCGAGCUCAACAAUGGUCAAAAGCUAAACAGGUAGCAGCAGAAUUCGUUCCUGAAAUGGUACCCGAUAUCGAAAAUCAAUAUAAAGAAUGGCUAACCCAGGAAGGACGUGUCGGCGAAUUGAUUGACGUGGAUGUCAUCUCUGCAAUUGAUCUAUUGAUAGGUAAAGGACAAUGGGAGAAAGCUCUAGAAACUGCACGUCAACAAAGGCACAAACCACUUCUCGACAAAUAUGUCGCGCAAUAUGCGGCUGAGUUACUGUCUCAAAACGAUAUCGAAUUAAUUGUUAGAGUUUUUGCAAAAUAUGGUGCAUCAUCAAAUCCUGCUAAUUUCAAUAUUUACAAAGCAGUUGUGGAUAAGACUGUCGCGCAGUCAUUCGCCACUCCUUCGGAUGAGGUCGCUCAAUUGAGUCCUGUUCGUGAUCUAUUCCUCUCAGUCUAUGAACAACUUGUAAAAGAAAAUUCUGAGAGUCGAUAUAUAUUCGAGAGAUAUGUCCAUGCACUCCAUUUGAUGACGAUAAGAAGUGCAAUGGAGGACAUUCAAUCAGAAGAUUCGCAACAGCUUCGAUUGCAACAGUCCAUUUCCUUACUUCGAUACUCAGACCUCAUCCCAGCCGAUCGAGUAUUUUUUCAAGCUGGUAUUGCCGCCAAGGAUGCUGACGGUGACUAUGCACCACUUGCAUUUUUAUUAUUGAAUCAUUAUCUUGACUUGGUCGAUGCAAUUGAGGAGGGAGACGCUUCGUUGGUAGAUUACUCGGCUUUCGAAGGAACAGACAUUCCAUCUGAAGUGCCACUUCCUGAAAAACCUUGGGUUGAGAGUACAAUACAUGAGGAAAUAAAAGAAUGGGUAUUAGCCACUUCGGUAGAUGACGGUGCAAAUCGUGACCUCAAAUUCGACUCACGAGGUCUUUUUGAAGCGACUAUAGAGGCAAAUGGCGAGAAAUGGCCGGAGUGCAUAAUUACUGGAUACCCGAUCCUUAGCACUCGGGUGGAUUUCGGUGGUCUUUGUGCGGACAAAGACAAUCUCAAUCGAUUCUUAAUAGCAAUCAAAACAAGUCCAACUGAUCAACUGAUUAAUGUACAAGAAUUCAUGUCAAGAUGGGCAGGUCAACCACUGAAUAUGUCACUUUGA